UCCCUCUCUCUCUCUCUCUCUCUCUCGCGCUCGUUCUCGAGUUCGGUCUCGGUCUCCCCACCGUCCCUUUCGUUCCUUCCUGGCCUUCCCUUCGCAGGCAAACGGGAGAGACGAGCUCGGUCAUAUAAGAAGUCCGUGCUUGCUGCUCGCCCUGUCUCUUUGUCUUCUCGAGGUCGUCGUCCUGUCCGUCUGUCUGUCCGCUCGCGCGCCCGCCCGCCUGUCCGUCCUUCGUCGGCUCCGGCGUGCGAGACCGGGUCCAUUUGUUGGGAUCUGCUCGGCGAGGCGCAGAGGGAGCGGCACGAGAGGAGAGGAGAGAGAGGAGGCUCGAAGGCAGAUCGGUCCCUGAUUUCGACGCUCGCUCGAUCGAUUGAUUGUGUUCUGACAGCACGGGGCGCAUUUUGUUCGGCCUCCGGAUUCGCUCUCUGCUCUCGUCUUGCGGGGAGAGCGAGAGAUCUGGUGGUGGGUGGGUGAGUGAGUGAGUGAAGGAGGAGCCCGACAGAGGGAUCACAAUGGCCGCUGUCGCAGCUGCUCAGGAGCAAAAGAAGCCGGGCGCCGUAUGGACCACCGUGAAGCCUUUCAUGAAUGGAGGGCUCGCCGGUAUGGGGGCGACCUGCGUCAUCCAGCCCGUGGACAUGAUUAAAGUGCGCAUCCAGCUCGGACAGGGAACCGCGACCGAGGUCACGAGGAACAUGUUGAAAAACGACGGUGUCGCUGCUUUCUACAAGGGUCUUUCGGCUGGACUUCUUAGACAAGCGACUUACACCACCGCUAGGCUUGGAACUUUCCGCGUGUUGACCGGAAAGGCUAUCGCUGCCAACGAUGGAAAGCCGCUUCCUUUGUACCAGAAGGCUCUGUGUGGAUUGACGGCCGGAGCCAUUGGAGCUUGCGUUGGAAGUCCCGCAGAUCUGGCUCUGAUUAGGAUGCAAGCCGAUGCCACUCUGCCUCUAGCUCAACGAAGGAACUACCAGAACGCCUUCCACGCAUUGUACCGGAUCAGUGCGGACGAAGGAGUGUUGGCUUUGUGGAAGGGUGCUGGUCCUACCGUGACGAGAGCUAUGGCCUUGAACAUGGGAAUGUUGGCUUCCUACGAUCAAACCGCGGAAAUGUUGAAGGAGAUGGGAUUCGGCGACAUUCAAAGUGUGCUUGGUGCUAGUGCCGUGUCUGGUUUCUUCGCUUCUGCUUGCAGUUUGCCCUUCGAUUUCGUGAAGACACAAAUUCAGAAGAUGCAGCCUGGGCCCGACGGGAAGUACCCAUACACCGGAUCAAUCGACUGCGCCAUGCAAACUUUGAAGAGCCACGGCCCGAUGAAAUUCUACUCCGGGUUCGGCACAUACUGUGUCAGGAUUGCGCCCCAUGUCAUGAUGACCUGGCUUUUCCUGAACCAGAUCCAAAAGUUCGAGAAGAACAUUGGACUGUAAAUCGUUCGACGAGCCAGUCAUGCGGCAGUUUGAAUCCAGAUUCAUGUGCAUCAUUGCACAUUCCGUUGUUGGCAUCAUCAGCCAUGACACGCCCAACUAGGGUUUUUAUAUUAUAGAGUCUCUUCGCCGGUUCAACGUCGGUGAAAGUUGUAACCAGUAUUGAAAGGCCAUAACAGCUCUCCGACGAGAAGUAGGUACAUGAGAGUAGGUUCACGACUGCAGGAGCAAGAAUUGUCCAAAAUGUGCCCAGGUGACCUAAUUGAUAGAUUCCAUUGUUUUCUCAGCAAAUAAAAACGUUUUUGUUCAGAGUUGGAGGCACACAGUGAGGUUGCUAAUAUCGAUUGAUCUGUGCUAUUUCGACAAGCGCUGAUUCGACCUAAUCGACAGCUCGUUUUUUCUCUAGGCAAUAGAAACGUUCUCACAUACCGAGCAACAAAAAAGGAGAGCUGAAAACUUGUCCGACUGUGCCAAUUUAAUCGAUGGACCGAUAUUGUUCCUUUUAUAACAGUUUUUAUUGGUACAGUGCAUCUUUACUGUCUCAACUGCUCUCAUUCAUCUCCCGUGUUUCGUCAUGUUGACCUCCUCCUCCUCCUCCUCCU